AUGAUUGUAAUUGCAUUGCACCCACCAUGGGGCGUGACUCAUGACGCGACAUCUCGUGCUCCUUGCAGCUAUGCUCUCCUGUCCUGUCCAGAACCUCACGAAUGGACUGAUCAGCUGAGGGCGAGUUUCAUCGCGGGUUUCAGAUCAUUCAUGCCCAUCCUGGCCGUCAUGCAGAACAUGCAGAGUUGUUGCCGGCAGACUGAGGGUCAUGUGGAGUACGAGAUGGAGUGGGAGGAUGCAUUCACGCUGCAACUGAAGCUCAUGGAUGUCUACUCGUUAUUCGUCGACUGGUGCAAGUCCGAUAAAGACGUCUUAGAAAUGUCGAUAGUGAUACUGGCUGAUAACCUGGCGAAGUACAGAGUGCGGGAAGCACAUCCUAUCACUUAUGAGAAUAUCACAGUGGCAGGACACACGACGUACUGUCCUCGCUGGGACUUCACAGUGCACAAGGCAUCGGUGCACCAAGCAAUGACCCGCAUGUAUGUUGCCCUCCUCCUCUACCUCGCCAAGGACCCUGAUGUUCAACUGGACAGCCUCCUGCUCAAGUCUGAGGCUGAAUCUUUCGAGAAUGAGGGCUUGACAUUUGAGGCAUCGUUUGAACCCUGCUUGAGAACAAUUGUCUUCGUCAGUCAGAUCAAUGCAGGCAUGUGGAAGAGGAAUGGUAUCGCCCUACAGAAUAUGACGCACUAUUACUACAAUGUGAAGUGUCGGGCUUUUAUGUACGACAAGGAUGUUCUGUUCAUGCAAAUUGCAGCGUCCUUAUUUUCCAGCGAUGACAUGAUGCUUAAGUUGAUUUAUGCUUUCGGACUUACUAAUUGGAUAAGGAGAGAAUAUGAUACUGAGACGACACAGGAUGAAACUAUGAGGCAGAUCAUCAGCAUGGCUGAAUCAUUUCUCAAUUGGCUCAUUAUUAUCAUCUGUGAGAGGUACAAUGUUCUGCUGUCUGAUGUCAGUCAGAGUGAUGUGCGAAUGUAUGAAAUUAUACAUGCAUUGUGCAUGCAGUCCAUGGCUCACAGUGAACUCCUGUCAACAAUCAACGAUGGAGUUAUAUUUUUCAAUGAUUUUUUAAUGAAGUUUGAAAAGGAAGAUGGUUUUGAGGAUCUGGUUAAAGAAGUUGCAACAUUCAAGAAGCCAACGGGACUGAGUGGGAAGGGCCUGUACGAACUGAAAGAUGAAUAUUACGACCGCUACAACCCAUACUAUUAUCAUUACUACAAAACUAACAAAGCCAGGGCCGAUGAAAAUGUCAAGAAGUUCAGAAAGUUGAAGAGCAUUGAAACGGAUUCGGUCAAUCCUCCCCCGGAUUGUCUUCCCGAAUUUACUGGGAUCUUCCGAGACAUCACCAACCUCUUGCAGUGCGAUGUGUUUGUUUACGUGGUCAAGCUGGUUCUUCUGAGGUCCACAUCCAAGUAUUCAAAGUCCUGGUCGGAGUCACAACAGGAAAGGGCACUCUACUUAAUUGAACUGGCUCUGUUAGAAGAGACAAGAAGACGCAAGCGUGGCGACACGUCCUUCAAGUUUGUGACGAAAGCACUCAAUUUGGAUGCGGGAGCACAGGCGUCCACUUCAACUACGACCCCUCUUCCAAGUCUGCUGGUCAUUCUCGAGAAGUUCCUACUCGCCUGGACAUCUCAUCAUGUCAUGAGAGACCAAGCCAACCGAAUUCGAAUUAAAUUGGUAGAAAUGUCCACUGUGAAGGAUUCUUCCGCUGAUAUGGAAACAGACAACCCUGCCGACGACUCGACGAAUUCCCUGCAGAGGAUCGAUGCGGCAUCCAGAUUAUCUUCCGAUGAGAAGCAGUUGAAGAUCAAAAGUGCAAACGAAGCUUCCAAGAAAUCUGAGAAGGCUCAGAAGAGGAGAGAGAAAAUGUUGGCUCACAUGGCGAAGAUGCAGCGUAACUUCAUCAAGGAGAAUCAGGAUUUGUUUGAAAGUACAUCUUCUGAGAUGGUUGCUAGCAAUGCUGAUGUUGACAUGGUUGCACAAGAGAGCCUGCCCAGCCAGCCAGACGACACGCUGACGAACCACCCGGUAGCUCUCGGCAUCAACCGAGUGCCAACCGUCACGACCGUCAGCAAGCACACGUGCAUCUUGUGUCAAGAAGAUCAAGAUGUCCUGCCCUCCGAGAAGGCCCUGGUCUACUGCUGCUACAUACAAAAUUUUUUUGAAGGCCUGGCACAAAGAGACGCGCGUCGUAAUCGCAUACGGUCGCACAACGCGUACGACAUCACGAAGAAGGAGUUCGUAUGUCCGAUGUGCGAGAACUUGUCCAACGCCGUCCUGCCCAUCAUACCCUCACUCUGUAUGCUCAGCAGGGAAAGUGACGAGAACAAGGUUGACGUGACGUUGGAUGAGUGGCUGGAUGGCAUUCUGAAGACCGUGGACCACAGCAUCAAGCAGGAACAGGACAAGGCGUCAAAAGAUGACUCCUUCUUCUAUGUUCCGUGUCCACUAUCAACAGUGACCAAGAUGAUGGCGGAAGGAGUGGCCACCAGGUUCCAGUACCUCUUCGACUUCAUCGUUGAUGAUAACAGCUCAGCACUGUCCGACAGCAUAGUGGAGAUGAUCAAGAAAUUCAACGAUGACAUGUUUGAGAUGAGCUUGGAUAUUUAUUCAUACAACAGUGACUACAGAAUGCCCCUAUCUGUGUGGAACACUUGUGCUUACUCCAUUCUCUGCAUUGAAAACAGCUUGCGAGAUGAAGAGAAACCUCUGUUUGGUUCAUUGGCGUCGAAACAGGCAGAGUGUCUGUGUACUCUCGUGCGAUUGGCUGCCAUUACAACCAAUCUCUUUGCUGUCAGUACCAUAAAAAGACACUGUAUAAGAAUUCUUUCAGUGAUGUCCUGCAGAUAUCUAGAUCUAAACACCCCUUCGAUAACCGACAUGGAGCUCUUCCACUGCCUGGUGACCCUCUGCUACAGCCUGCCAUCGCUGUACAAGGAGGACUCGGGGGGCAGCACGUUCGUACUUUCGAAUGGCGUCAACGAAUCAAACGCUCUGAAGUUGGUGCUUGCCUGUCACAUUCUGCAGAUCAUGAUCGCCGAUCUGCCCGCCAGAACUCAACAGGAUGAGACAGCAAGGAAACAAAUGGAGGUUGACAGUGAGUCGGAGAAUGACGAGUUAAUGAAGAUCUGCCAGCAUCUCAGGAGCAUGGUCGGACUGCCCCUGUGCUCACUGACCCCCGCCGAACUCCUGCAGCACAUCCAGCUCUCUUGCCUACCUUUCCUCAGGUGCGCCACUCUCUUCUUCCACCACCUCACAGGCGUUCCAGCUCCACUCAAACUUUUCGAGAAGAAUGAUGAGGAGUUUAAAGUGAUAUGUGAGUACUUGGAUCUAGGUCCGAACUUGGCAACCUUGUUCAACCAAUCGAAACACUUGCAAGACGUGCUAAUGGAAUGGUGCAAUGAGUUGUCACGAAUGUUAGAUUCCCACAGCUCAGCGACAGAAAAUCAAACUUCGAUCGCGGCGGCGCCGACAGCAUCAGCAGCGGUGGCUCCAGCCGCGUCCUCAUCUCGCACACAAACCUCUGUACAUAACCCCUCGCUACCGUCGUCAUCGACGCCGUCAUACUCAUCUUCAUCGUUUUCAUCGUCGUCGUCAGCGUCAACAUCUUACACAGUUACACAGCUCUCGAUUCCUUCAACAUCUCAUCGUCCAUUCACGAAGAUUGUCUACCCGCGGAAAGUCAAUCGAUUGAUUGAAUUGCCAACCAACUACAGCGAUCUUAUCAAUCAGUUCUCGGUCUUCAGCUGUCCUAAAUCGAACUCGAAUGAGGACAGUCGCAACCCCUCCAUGUGUCUGGUCUGCGGUCUGGUCGUCUGCUCGCAGAGUUACUGCUGCCAGGUGAAGUUGGACUCAUCGAGGGAGGAUCCGGUGGGAGCUGCAGUGGCACAUGCCUACAGGUGUGGUGCGGGCACUGGCAUCUUCCUCAGGAUCAGAGACUGUCAGGUGAUGUUGAUGAACGGCUCGAACAAGGGCUGCUUCGUGUCUCCCCCGUACCUUGAUGCCUAUGGUGAAACGGAUGAAUUCCUCAGACGAGGCAAUCCAUUAGCUCUCUGUGCGGAGAGAUACAGGUACAUAGAGAAGUUGUGGAUCAACCACCAGAUCGCUUCAGAGAUCAGUCACAAGGUCGAGGCCUAUCCUCACCACGGCUUCAAUGAGUGGCAUACACUCUAGUUCUGCAGCUGCUGCCGUUGUUGCUGCUGCUGUUGUUGCCAUCUUUCAUACAUCAAAACUUUACUUAGCUAUUUACAAUACAUUAGAUUAUUUUUAUUAUUAAAAUUAUUAUCGUUGUUAUUAUUUUGGUUAACAAACAUUAUUAUUAUUAUUAUUAUUAUUAUUAUUAUUAUUAUUAUUAUUAUUAUUAUUAUUUAGAUGCUUAACGGUGAAUGGAUGGUGGUUAUUUGGUUGGUCAGUCAAGCACGACGUGCAUGUAUUUAUGAUAAUAAGACAAUAGUUGAUUGAUUGAUUGAGUGAGUGAGUGGAAGAUUGAUAGGGUGAUUUCGUUUUAUUUUUCAGUAGAGACAAUCCUUUGAGUAGAUGGUUUGUAGCAUUUUACAGCAAUCUGGCUAUCAACGAAGCCACGGUGUAACGAUGUUUUCUGUAAAAAAAAAAGUAUUUUCACUUUCAUUAAAUAAUAUUUAUAACUGGAUAAUUCGAAGCAACAUGUUUUAGUAACUGACUGGACGACAGUUACAGACAGAUCAAUUAAUUAAUCAGUUGAUAAAUAUAGAUUAUUCAUGAACAUAUUUACGCUAUCAAUUUAUUUGUUGAAAAUGAUUUACAACAUGCCUGUCUUCUAUGACGUUUUCA